GGGAAUUAAGUUGACAGCAAUGAAUGACAGCAUUCCAUUCCAUUAUACCGUUGCGUUUGUUUGUAGUCUCGCGAUUAGUGAGUGAUACGAUAACACAUUGUGAAAAGUUUUACGCAGAAUCGGAAAAGUUUUGAAAAUUUUGUUUGUCUGUUGAAAUCAUGUAAGGAUGUAUGAAUUUCAAGUUUACAGUGCGUGAAGUGCCUUAAACUACUGGAAGUAUAAAAAAAGUGUGUUGUUAUUAAAUGUGUUUGUUGUUUUAGUGCAAUUUUUUAGUAGUUGUGUCUUCACAACAGGUGUCGUAGAUGCACGGGGGGAAUUUAAAUGACCGCAGGGCGCUUGAAAGAGAGGCCCUGCGAAAUGUCAUUAAUCAAUGGAACGCCAAUAGAUUGGAUCUGUUCGAACUUUCCGAACCCAAUGAGGAUCUCGAAUUUCACGGGGUGAUGCGUUUCUAUUUUCAAGAUUCUGGUCAAAAAGUCGCUACGAAAUGUAUACGCGUUGCUUCGGACGCGACCGUCGAAGAUGUCAUCGGUACUCUCGUAGAAAAAUUUCGUCCGGACAUGAGGAUGUUAUCGGUACCGUCUUACGCUCUUUACGAACUCCACGAAGGAUGUCCCGAAAGAAAAAUGGCGCCCGACGAAAAACCCCUUUUAGUGCAACUUAAAUGGCAUGUGGACGACAGAGAGGGGAGAUUCUUGUUGAAAAACGUUGACGAUAAAACGACGGGUACGAUGGGAUCACUGGAUUCGAAUGCGAGCUUUCGACGAAAAUUAUCGAAACGAGACAAAAAACAACUGAAAAAACAAGAAAAAAUGUCGAAAAUGAAAUUGGAAAACGGCGAUGCACAUGACAACGACGGCGUUGCGGAAAAACUAUAUACUGAGUUACCUGAAACAUCAUUUACUAGAUCCAUAUCGAAUCCCGAAGCAGUUAUGAGGAGACGAAGGCAGCAACAACUAGAGAAAAAAUUACAACAAUUUCGAUCAAAAGACGGGGGUCCGGAUACCGGUGGUACUCUGAAGAUUUACGGAGAGGCUCUUUGUAAAGACGUACCGUAUAAAACGUUGUUGUUGUCGGUUCGGGAUUGUGCGGGGACUGUAGUGCGCGAAAUGUUAGACAAAUACGGCCUUACGCGAACGGAUCCGUCUCUUUGGUGUCUUGUUCAGGUGACCCAACAACCCGGUUGUCCUGACACCGAAUACAUUCUAGACGACGACGAGUGCCCGUUGAAUAUCCUUAUGACUGCUCCAAAUACUGGCUCCAUAAUGUUUCACGUGAGGAGAAGACCUGCGGACUGCGCUCCGAGAAAAAGAAAAAAGAAACCGGGAGCUCUAGGUCAAGCGGCUAGCACCCGCGACGUCCGAGGAGAUACCGCACCAUUGCUCGUCGAACUAGGACCUGACGGAUCGGCACCUCACCCAGGCGAUACCGCUAGAACAAUCAGAUUAACAAACGAUGUCAUGGAGGUCGGUUCGGCUAACGGUAUAGCUCUCCAAUUAUACGGUCCUCAUAUUCAACCCCGUCAUUGUGUUAUCACGAUAAAUGCCACAGAUGGCGUAACAUCGUUGACGCCUUGCCAUGCGGACGCCCAUACGUACGUCAACGGGCAACGUAUCCAUCAAACGACGAUCCUCCAACACGGCAGCCUUGUAAAGUUUGGUCACAGCAAUACUUAUAGAUUCCUGGAUCCGGCUCACGAAGAUAGAACCAGGCCGGCUUUUGGUAGUUCUGGUGGAUUGGAUAAAAUCGGUGGGAGGAUGUACGAUAGUAGUCGUUCACCACGUGCUUUGAGCCCGACAGAUCAAUCUAGAGAAAAUAUCGAAACCACUUUUGAUUUGGAUGGUAACGUAGAAACAGUUUCAACCGCAAGCGGGGCUAGAGAGGAUAACAGAUCCUUGGGAUCGUCUUCUGAGAAUCGGUUAAGCGGUCUCGAUAGGUAUCCCCGGGGUCAAGAUCCCAUACUACCCGCCGUACUAGAGUUCCCGGAAGAGCCUCAAGAACAAUUUUUAGCCAGGGUGAUUACUCAUCUGGAUGUAACGACACCGACAUUCCGGCUAGCUCCAGCUUAUACUCUUUAUUUAUGCGCCAGGUAUAGAGCUUCGACGCAUUAUCGACCAGAAUUGACACCGACAGAACGGGCUCACAAAUUGACUUUACUAUUACAACACGCAGCUAUGUUAAUAAGACAUACGGUUCAAGAUCGCAGCACAGAAAGUACUUCGCAAGCGUUCUGGUUAGCCAACGCUAGCGAAUUACUUCAUUUUCUAAAAUCCGACAGACACGUGAGUGCGUUUUCAUUGCAAGCUCAAGACACCCUAGCAGACGCUGUCCAAUUGGCAUUUAAAAAUCUUGUAGCGUGCUUAACAGACGAAUUAAAUUCGGCCUUAAAUUAUUUGAUGUCGUUAACAGGAGACGACCACCCGAGGGAAAUCAUCAGCGUUUUAAGUGGUGCUAUGAAUCUAUUGAGGAAAUGUAGAGUAAACGCGGCUUUGACUAUACAGUUGUUCUCUCAAUUGUUCCAUUGGGUAUCGGCAAAGGCACUUUCUACAGUUAUUAGUAACGCUAAUUUAUGCACAAGAAGUUUUGGUCAAAAAUUAUUCAACAGACUGAGGAAUCUACAAGCCUGGACGGAAUCGCAGGGAUUGGAAUUAGCGGCCGAGUGCCAUCUUGCAAAAAUUGUACAAUGCGCCCAUCUACUUCAAGCUCCCAAAAGUGUUCCUGAAGAUUUAGCCAACCUUUCAGCGGCGUGCUUCAAAUUAAAUUCAAUGCAACUAGGAACAUUAUUGAUGCAAUACAAGGCCGAAUCUGGUGAAAAAAUCGCGUCACCUUCCCUCCUCGAACAGGCAGCUAAAGCAGCCGAAGGUGUAGCAGACGAAUUAGCGAGAGCAGAAGGUCGAGAAGUUACUCUGUACGAAGAUCCUGCUCCAACUCUACAAUUAUUAUUACCCGAUGAUGGUUUCAGUUGUGACGUUGUUCAAGGUGUACCACCUGGUUUGGCAGACUUUUUACAUCCUCUACAAGCUUCCGGUUUAUGCAGGCUGGCCGCUCAACCUACCAGUUCAGGACAUUGGACAGUUUAUAUGACGGCUCCUAGACCUCCUAGUGCUCUAAGCACAACUCAACCGGAGGUUCAAGUUAUACGUUUACAUAAAGCCGGUGGCGGUAUGGGUCUAUCGAUAGUGGCGGCUAAAGGUGCAGGUCAAGAACGUUUAGGUAUUUAUAUAAAAUCCGUAGUACCUGGAGGAGCUGCCGAUAGAGAUGGACGCUUAGCCGCUGGUGAUCAAUUGUUAUCGGUCGAUGGACAAUCUUUGUUGGGUAUAACGCAAGAAAAAGCAGCCGAAUUCCUGCAAAGGACUAGUAGUAUCGUAACUUUAGAAGUGGCUAAAGCUGGAGCUGUUUAUCAUGGUUUGGCGACUCUAUUGCAACAACCAAGUCCGACACCGCAUCGAGGUCCGAGACGGAUGUCGGAACGCGAUCUACCGUCUAGGGUAGAUUCGGAACGUUCUAUUCCUUCUUCAAAAUCAGUUCCCGCCCUUCACCAAAUCCAUUCUCCUAUCGUUAACGAUCAGCAAUCAACUAGAUCCAAUCCCGCUCCUACUGGUGACGUUUACAGCCGUACUUCUUCGAAUAAUAGUAUCAACAAUCAAAACGGUUCUUCGAUAAGAAGUAGAUCAACACACAAUUUACACCAACAGGAUGGAGGGUUUUAUCAAAAUUUGAGUGUUUACAGGAAUAAAAUUCCCAGUCCUCAACAAUUAGGAGAUAGAACGUCGGCUCUUCGAAGUUCUCAGAACUCACUUCAUUCAUCGAUAGCUAAUUCUCAACGACCUUCUUCGGCGUAUUACCCCCCAUCCUCAUCGGUAAAUAAUCCACGUCCAAAUAAUCUUCACCAGUCGAUACCAAAUCUGAAAAACCCUCCGAAUAUUUAUAGACUACAGAACGAAGAGUCUUCUCGUACAGGAUCGUAUCCCAAUGUCCAGUACGGUCAAAAUUAUUACCCAACUUAUCCUAAAAACAAUUAUCCUAAUCCCGAAGAGAUCAAGGUGCCUUAUAAUAAUCCCUAUUCCGGACAGAAUCAAUCGUUUCCUAGUCCCACGCAUAGUUCCAUGCAGGGAUACCCCAACAACUUACACCCGAAUAUAAGACACGAUGAAAGAGGACCAGAAAUGAGAUAUAACGGUGGUGGAUUGCUUCGAGAAGAUGUUAUUAGACAGUCCCAAAAUUCCAGACACGACGAGAUGAUGAGGUAUCCGAGUCAAGGUAAUAUACGAAUUUCUGAGGCGCAGAUACAAAAUAGUGACUUAUCUCGAUAUAACGAAAUGAGAUCGUCAAAAAGCGAAGAUCUACUCAAACAACACGCACAACAACAUCCCGAACUGACCAGAUAUGCUAGCAGCGGAAAUAUUAGAGACGGGAAACAACUAGACUUACCCCAACUGAGACAGAGUCACGAUCAGUUGUCACACAAUAGACUCAACAAUGAUGACAGAAACCUUAGAGGUGCAGCAAAAUUAGUCGAAAUGUCAGAAGAAGUUAGAAGGCGGCAAAAUCGUGUUCAAUACGGUCAAUCGCAACAACAACAACAACAAAAUGCAUACUACAAUCAACAACAGUUACAACAACAGCAACAAUUGCAACACCAACAACAAUAUUACAAUCACAUGAUGUCUCAGAAUGCGCAAAGUAUGCAAAAUUUAAGUAUCAACCCUCAUUAUGGUCAACAACCUGGAUCUUAUGGUCAACCGAAUACUCUUUCUCCAAGCUAUAACACUAAAAUUCCACCCGUUGCCCCGAAACCGCUAAGAAAAGAUGACUUACCACCAGAACUACCGCCUUCCACGACACACCCUCUUUAUCAAGCGAGCACUCAAGAUCCGCCAAAGAUGGCGUUUUAUCCUACUUCUGGUCCUUCGUCUUCGAAACCACCGAGAGAUCCUUGGGCACGAGAAGAGCAAGAAAGACAACAAGAAGCUCGCAGAGAAGCGGCCAGGCAGUGGCAAGAACAACAGAUUAGAGAACUUGCGGCUCUACCAUACAGGACGGUACAACAGGAAGAGCAAUUGAGGGUGUUACAAUUGGAGAGGGAGUUCCAAAGAAGAGCUAUGGAAGCUGCAGAAGAAGGAGAUGAAGAUACGGAGAAGGAAAGUCUGACGACUCCACAAGGCUCACCUCAAACUGUCCCAAAUCAACCACCAACAAAUACAGCACCACCUACCUUGAUCUCCAAUACUAAACAAGAACCGUCUCAACUACCUCCAACGUCGAUUCUUAAGCCGAACAUGACCAACAAUGUUCAACAACAAACACAACAACCUUCACCUCCAGAGGUCGAUAGUGCACCACCACCUCCUGAAAGGGGAUCUAGUUUCACUGUAAUGUCAAUGAGGACUAAAGAGUCGACAAAGAGAGUAUCCUUCAAUGAUGCUUCUGCUGCUGCUGCUACUAAUUCGGCGAGUCCUAUACAACCUCCUAACACUUUACAGUUAGAGGAAACUAUACGGGAAGAUCCCAAUAGCUUCAUUCGUCAAGCUGAAUCAAUGUUGGCAUCUCCCACGACGCCCACCGACGCUACAUCGGGAAUUACGAACGCGACUCCAGGUGUAAUUGGCGCACAAGAAGUUUACAGAGACCCAAGGGCGAGACGAUUAGCAGAACAGGCACAGCGCAAAGAUCAAAAUCUUAAUGCGGCGGUGCCGGAAAAACUUUCGUUUAAAGAAAAAAUGAAGAUGUUCGCCAUGGAGACGGGCGAACAAGAAACCCCGAAGGAUAAGAGUAAAAUUAGUAGGGCACAGAGAGACAUCGACGGUUUAGGUUCUCCAAAUUUGGUGCAUUAAAAUUUGACAAAUAUCAACUAAUUUUAAACAAUUUAUUAAUCGAGCCAUAAAAUCGAACUUAUUACAAAAAUUAUUCAUAUUUUUCAAAUUUAUAACGUGAUUAUAUUUUUUUAAUUAUUUUGAAGCAGUUAAUUGUCACUUACCGACAGAAUUGUCCAUUAAAAAAUUUAUAAUGUUGCUAGUUAACACAAUCGUUUUUAUUAAUUUCUUUCUGGAAUUACAUAUAAAUUAAUACAAAAUCUAACACAUGUUCUGAAUUCGAUGUACAUCAAUUUGCACAGGGUGAACAAAGUGUAUUUUGCUCUUCGUAACUUGAUAACCACAAGUGAAAUAUUAGAGUUAUUGCAUAUAAAUCAGUUAUACCAUGAUGCCUGUUCUCCAGCUAUUCUGCACAUUCAAGUCCUAUCUCCUCUGAUUCUUCAUUUUUUCCAUUCAUCCAGCUUCUUCUUUACUAGUUUUUACUCAAUGGAUAACUUUUUUUCCCCAUUCUCUGUAUUCAUUCAUUCUAGAUCGGUUAUUUAUAUCUUAUAACUACCAUUUGUGUAUAUUUGGGUUUAAUGAUCUCUCUGAUCAUCUCCAUCGUAUAUCUUCGUGCUGUUCUUUGUCAAAGAUCCACUUCUUCAACCUCCAACAUCUUCUCCGUUCACAUCUCUAAACUGUUUAUCGUGAUAUUCUCUAUAAUGGUGUUGUAGAUACUUUUUUACUCUCCUUUAUCCCAUAGUAUAUCACCUCUCUUAUACAAUCCAUAUUUUUAUAGUUUUUCGAUAUCAACUUGAUUGUUCUCUAUAUUCUGAGUGUAUAGAUGGUGCUAGUUGAGCUAUAAACUCAUAGUCUUACAUUUACAGGUAGCAUCCUCAUUUAAGUCCAUUAGUUAAUAGAAGCUCAUUGUUUAUAGUGUUAUUUUUGUGGACGUCCCCGUAUAUAACAGAUUAACUGCUUUUAUCAGCAAUUAAUGUAUGCCAUACAUCUAUUCAAUGGUUUUAGAUAAUUUGGAGAGUCUUUUCGGAUUUACAGCAACUGUGUAUCUAUACCUAGAAGAUAUAAUACUCUACAUAUCAUUGUUCUGCUUUCAAUAAUAAUCGAUGGUCAGUGUCAUAUGCUUUUUUGGAGUUUAUAAAUAGACGAUCAUAUUACAGUAAUUCGAUUUGGAAAAGAUAAAGGAUGAAAUGUUUCUUCUACAUUGAUCUUCUCAAUUGAGUUUUGAAUGUAAAAUCGAUUUAAUUACAUUCCUAAAUUGGAAUAUCACUAAACUACAGUUAAUUUUUCAAAAAAUUAUAUUUUAUUCCCAAAAGUAUUUUCAAUAUUCUUCGUUCAGCUAAAGCAAAACAAUUUACUAAUAGGACAUCAACUUCCGAUGGAACUAUUGUGAUAUUCAUACUGAACACACUCCACCACUACAUCAACACUCACAAUUUCACUUUCUGGCGCGCGGUUCAGUGUCUGAAGACGAUAACUUGGUUAUCGAAACGUGCGUCAGACAGUGUUAUUGUGAAUGUUGGUGUACUGGUAGAGUAAACAGUGUGUUCAGUAAGAAUUCCAGAAGUUAUUCCAUCCCAUGUCAUCACCAAGUUAACUGAUUCCUUUGGAUAAAAAUGGUUUCAGAAGUAUCUUUAGCUAGUUGAACCAAUAGCAUCUCGAAAGGUUUUGAGUGUCUUGCCACUUUGUUUCAUUCUGUAGAAAAUGUUGUAUUGUGGUGGAAACUGGCGGUGUUGAUUGUAUUGAUUGUUGAAAACUCGUACAAUUUUUCAAGUCAUGGUUUAUAACUAUUAAAAAACCGAAGGACCACCAGAAUAUGUAAAAAUAUUUCAAAAUUCAAAUAUAUGAGAAUUCGAAAAACCACUGGUAGGCAGAACAAAGGUUAAUUUUUAUCACUUACACUAACUAUAAAUCACAAUUAAGUAAUGAAGAUAAUUAACAACGUACAAAAUAAUGAUUAUUGGAGGUAAUUAACCUUAAUUGGUUUCCCUUUCCACCUAUACUACAGUUUGAAUUGUUACUUUUACAUUUAUAUUCAGUUUUUUAAAAAUUCAACUCGAUUUUGAAAUAAAAAAUUUGUUAACAAGCAAAUUUCAACAAUUUUCUUGGAUGGAUCAAUUAUUUUGUCUGAAAGUGUACAUGUUAUUCAAUUUUUCAAAGCAUCUAUGUUAUGCAUAUCUACCAACUAAUAUCUAAUAUACCGUCCAAUACGCAGCUGUAGCGAAUUUACAACGACCAAAAAUAAUAUUCCAUAUAUACAGGAUGUCCUAAUUUUAAGAAAAUGUUUUAAUCUUCUAUAUAGUACGUUACAUGUUUAUUUACUUUUUUUAAUGAACUGGGGUCUCCAAUUCCUUUAAUAAUGUCACUAUACAAUUUUUUACAAAAAUAUUAGUUUAUGUUUUGUGUAUUUUAACCAAUUUUUGAUUUUUUCCGGUUGUGGUGUAUGGUUACGUUGAGCUCAAGUAUUAUGCCGACUCGGAAGAUUAAUGAAAAUAAAGAUUUACAUCAAAGGGGAAUACAUGGUUGAAAAUGAACGACAUCUUCUGGAUCACUCAAUUUAUAAUCAAAUUAUACAAUUUCUAUCUACACCAUUGUAUACUAACCUAACAUACUAAAGGCAAAUUUGAACGCAUAUAAUCCUCCAAGCAAACAAUGGCAUUUCGUAUACUUUACAAUAGCCGUAGAUUUAAAGGCAUUAAGCCAUAAAAGAAACUGUGACAUUUGAGUAACAUUUUGGAUACCUCACUCUGUAUCAUCGCAAAUUUUGAACGCAUCAAACCCUUCAAGUAAACAGUGACAGGAAACUUCAGAUUCUUCACUUUAUACUAGCGGCAAAUUCGAACGCAUCAAACCCUCCAAUCAAACUGUGACAUUUGACGGGAUGUUUCAAAUAUUUCACUCUAUACCAGCGGUAAUUGUGAAUGCAGUAAAGCCUCCAAAGAAAAAAGUGACAUUUGACUGGAAAUUUUAGAUACUUCAAUCUAUACUAGCGAAAAAUUCGAAUUCAUCAAACCCUUGAAGCAAACUGUGACAUUUGAGAGGAAAGUUCACUCUACACCAACGCCUCGCUUGGCGAUUGUAUAAACGACUUUACAGAUACCCCAAUACUUUGGUAUUUUAAUAUAAAUUGGCAGCUAUUACGGGACAUCCUGUACUAUUUGUUUAUACGGUGUGUGAAAAUAAUUUGCAUUAUGGGAAAUGUUACAAAAUGCAGGUAUUAUUCUUUUUAUUUUAUUGUUAUGAUAGGUAUGUAAAUAGGUGAUGUUUUUUCUCCUGUAUUGCGUAUUAUUUACAUCACUGUGUGUACAUUUUUUUCCUAUACUUAGUGGCUUAUAAAAAAGUGAUGGCUGCGAAGUGAAUCCUUUGAACGUUUUCUCUAAUAAAAGUGUCUAUUAUACAUUGUACUAUAUAUAAUAUAUAUCAUAGAAUCCCUAUUUUUUUGUCGAUUUAUACUUGAAAAAAAUUAUUCCUUUUAGGAUUAGAUUUUUUGGAUAUUUUAAAUUUUUUCGAAGCAAUAUUAACUUUUAAAAAUAGUAGCACAUACGGACCAAAUGUUAUACUGUAAUUAUUUAUAACCUUUUGAGAAAGAGAGUAGUUGCCAAGAAAUUUUCUUUUUUUUUUAAUUUUCGAAAAGUAAGUCUCGAUUUUCAAGUCAUUAUUUUGACAAAUUUUGAGGCAUAAUUUGUCAUAAAUUUAAGUAAAUUAUUCUAAUAUUGAAUGUUGAUUAAUUAAUUGGACAAUUCAGUGAAGAAAAAAUUCAUUGAGAUAGAAUUUCAUUUCAAUUAACGAUUAUACAGGGUACAUAUGAAAAUGUUACUUAAGGACCUAAUUGUAGUCCUUAUUUAUCUGCUGGGUGGUAUAUUACUCAAAUUCUCACGAUAGUAUGGACCAAAAAUGAGAAUUUAUUAUAAAUAUCGCUUGGACUCUUGUUAUCACCUAAGUGUUUAAUUUAAUUUAAUCACUCCCUUCUAUAUAAUAUGGGAAAAUAUUCAUAUGUUAAUUAAUUUAAAAAAGAAAAGUUCUUGGUUUAUAGGAACAUCUCUAAAUUUAAUAUAUCAUAUACGCAUUCCAAGGAUCAAACAUUAAAUUUUAUUGUAUAGUUUUAGUAGAUAAAACCGAUUAUUAUGUAUACUGAAUGUCCCAGAUCUAGUGAAAUAUAAAAAUUCAGCAAGCAGCACAAAUUACAAAAAAUUUAAAAACUAUUUUCAAGGUAAAUUUACCAUUUGUAUCCUGUUAUUUCCUAUUCCCUUGAUAAAAUUGCCAAAAGGUGGCUAAUGUUUAUACACCUAUUAAGAGAGAAUUUUCUUUCUUAUUAGCGAAAAUCACCUACGUAUAAAAAGAGCUUAUGAAGAGACUGUUGGUUAGUGCAUACAAAAUCUUGAUAUUGUGCUACAACCCUAAGGUCUUGUAUGUCCCUUAUCAGUGCUAGUACAUCUUCAACUGGCCUGACAUCUACAGCGUGUCCCCCAGCUCCAAGACUCUAAUGAACUUCUGUAGUUGUAUUGUGCUCUGCUAUAAGUGCUGUUUUGACAUCUACGGCACGCUUCCCAAUUUCAAGACUCAACCUUCGGUGAUCUGCUAUAUGAUCUGUUUUCUUAUCUACUGUGCGUCUUCCAGCUCCAGGUCUCCAAUGAAUUUCAGUAGGUAUAAUGUCAUCUGCUAUAAAAGCUGUUUCUGACAUAUACAGCUGGUUUUCCAGUUUCAAGGUUCUAAUGAACUCUGGUAGGUAAAUUGUGACCUGCUUUAAGAAAUGUUUCGACAUCUACAACACGUCCUUCAGUGUCAGGACCCUAAUAACAUCACGUUCUUCAGCUUCAGGGCUCCAAGGAACUCUAGUAGGUAUAUUGAGUUCUACUAUAGAGCUACUGUUGCUAUAAGAACUGUUUUGACAUCUACAGCAAUGGUAAUGUCAUAUAAACUUCUAACGGAGCACUUCAAUCAUUAAAAUAAAAAGAAUGUUAUUAGGGAAUGUAUUUUUGUUUUCUAGUAGAUUUUCAUUGAUAAUAUGAUAAAAAAUAAUAUUUUAUACAAAAAGGGAGCUAAUAAUUGUUGUUGUUGGUUAGGAAGUAAAUCUCAAUUUCGAAUUUCAAAGGAAUGUAAUCAGGGAAAUAACAUUUUUAAUGAUAUUUUGACAUAUAUCUGGAUAAUUUUUUUUGUUAUAAAUUUCCUAUACCAAAUACUAUCUGAUCAAAUUAUUCGAUAACCGCCUUUAUAAAUUGGGUUUAUUAUAGUUUAAAGUGAACGGUUUUGAUAUUAAUAAAAUUAUGGAAUAUUAUGUAUGAAAUAUUUAUGGAACAUUCAGUAUACAUUGCUUUUGAUGUCAAUCUACGAGCAAUAUGUGUGUAUUUACGUAGAUAACAAUCUCGUAAAUUAGUUGUAUAUAAAAUUGUAAUAAAGGUAGUUUUAUAGUUGAUAUAAGUACAGAAUUAUCGUUUGUUUAAAAAAAAUUAUGUAUUAUCUGAAAUAAAAUUUCUAACUAAUCCACAUUUUCAGAUAAUUAUUAUUUUAAAAUAUAAAGAUUUAUUCAAUAAAUACAUAUGUCUCAAUAAA